GUCACGGACGACUCCUUGGCCGGCCUGUCAGCCUGCCUGAACCUCGCCCACCUCGACCUGGCCGCAUGCCGGGCCAUCACUGGCACGGGCCUCUCCUCUCUGUGCCCCCUCACGUCCCUCUCCACCUUCUCUCUCUCCCACUGCUCCCGCCUCACGGACGCCGGCCUCCUGGCCCUCCCGCCCCUCCCCUCCCUCUCCACCCUCGACCUCAGCCACUGCCCACGGCUCAGCGACUCUUCUGCAAGGUCCUUGGGGUCCCUUCCCCGCCUGUCCCGCCUGUACUUAAACGGCUGCCGCCGCCUGGUGGAGGCUGCGGGCCUGGCGCGGUGCUCGUCCCUGUCGGCGCUCGACCUCAGCGGCUGCCAUGGUUUGGAGGACGCAUUCACAUUACACCUCGGCGCUCUGAAGUCGCUGGAGGACCUGAUCCUGUCUGGAUGCGCUCAGGUCACUGACGCAGGAUUGUCUGGAUUUCCAUUCUGCAGCAAUCUGACGUCCAUAUCGCUGUGCCAUUGUUUUGCCGUCACCGACGCGGGGGUGGAGAGGCUCAGGUCGCUGUCAGCGCUGCGCCACGUGGGUUUGUGGCACUGCGCCCUGGUCACGGACGCCGGUUUGGACAGCCUUGGAGCGAUCAAGUCGCUUGCUUCAAUUGAUCUGGGCGGGUGCAAGGCGGUCACAGACGUUGGUGUCGAGCGCCUGUCGGGGCUGCCCAGCCUGGCGAGGCUUGGGCUCAACUUCUGCGCCGACGUCACGGACCGGGGCCUUGGGGCCCUGGCGAGGCUGGUGAGUUUGCGCGAGGUGGACCUGACGGGGUGCGUGAGGGUCACGGACGUGGGCGUGGGGAUGCUGUGGGGGCUGGGGGAGCUGAGGCGGCUGAGGCUGGACGGGUGCUGGCGGGUCAGCGCGGCGCGGGUGCGGGCGUUGAGCCGGGAGAGGGGGGUGAAGGUGGCCUGGGGUGGGCUGUGUUUCGGGUCGUGA